AUGGCUUUGCCAACUGCACAACCAGCUGAGGUACUUCGAGCCUGGCAGAAAGACGAUAGUUAUGAAAAGCAAUUGGCCGAAUCUUUGUCUAAGUUGAUAUCUCCGCGGCAUGCGUCUAAGGCUACACCUGUAUCAUAUUUAAUAUAUAGAUCACUUACGACACUAAAAGAUCUUCAGACUUUAGGAGAAGAAUACUCUGGAAUAGUUCAAGUCGACGAAACUUACCUCAAACUUCCGUCAUUUUAUAGCCGUUUGAUCAGCAUUCUUUUAUCAACAUUCGGUGAAAAUAUUACGAGACAUAUAAUUCAAAGCGCUGAAAAACGAAUAGAACGAAGUGGUACUUUAACAGCAGAAGCGCAGAACGUUAUUUUGGUUAUUCUUAAGACCUUAAAUAACGUAAUUCCACAGAUUCAAAAUAUACAUCGAGGCUUGACGUACAUCAACGGUGGACCUUUGCAGAUUGGGAAAACAUUAACGAAUAUAGACUACGUACAUACAAGACCUGCUGCGGCAGCAUACUAUGCACAUUUAAGACUUCUUGGAGUAGUAACAUUGCUGCAUGCUUUUGUUUCAUGUGGGCAAGCUUUAUAUAGGUCUAAAAAAUAUAUGGAUCAAAUGAGUGAAACUCCCAAUGAAAUUGACAAUAAUAAAUCAUGUGUAGCUUGCUUAGAAGAAAUUGUUCAGCCCUGUGUCUUACCAUGUGGUCAUAUAUUUUGUUUAAGCUGCUCAUAUGGGGCAUUGGAAACCUGCCCAUUAUGCCGAUCUCCCUUCACAAAAAAUAGUGUUGUUCCUCUGAUGAAUUACUACCCAGAAUAA